UGUACUGAUGGCGACAUGUGCUUUGGGGUUUUUGUCCAGUUGCCUUGAUUUGUCGUCAUUUUUCUACUGUUAAACUAUAAUGUUACUCCCGAAAACACGGUCAGUUACUUUACACAAAUGUAUUUGUGCGGCUACAAACAGUUGUAAACUGUUAAAUUUGUAGAAAAGUUGAACAACUCAGAAAAAACUGUUCCAACGUGGCUACUGCGUUUACGUUCGACACAAACAUUGCACAGCUGAACUGAAGUCCAUAUUUUCAUUUCAGUGUCGAAGAUUUAUAGUUCAUUUUCCAUAUAUUUUCGUUUGUCGUCAUUUAUUUUCGAUACAAACUAUUGCACAAACUUCCGCUAACCAAUAAUAAAACUUGUAAUUACUGUUUUAUUAUAAACUUUUGAAAGAGAAACUAACCAAAUUCGAGAAUUUUGUGCUUUUCUGUGAAUUGUUUACUUUGAAAUUGCAGGCCAUUGUUGUGUGUUUUUAAGUAUUAUCUUACCCCUAUGUUUGUACACAUUUCUUUGUUUUAAGUGAAAUUAUUUCUUUGCUUUGGGUAUAGAUAAUAGAACUGGGCACUGUCCCAUUCAAAUAAACAUUUUCGGUCGUACCCUUUGUAUAAACAAUAACUAUGGCCACCGCAGUGAGUUCAUCCCCUAGCCCCGCUACUCAACCAGACACUUUGGUGACAAGUGCUCCUACAGAAAAAGAGAAAACUGUCGAAAAUGCCAAAAGUUAUGAGAAAAAUAGGCAUCCGAAUGCUAAUGCUAAAACAAAUGGUACAGACACAGACAAACCCAAACCAAAAGAUAAAGUCGAUAAAAACCCUAAAGAAGAGAAAUCAACAGUGAAGAAGUUCGACAAUAAAUUAUACGUAGAAGCACCACCUCCAAAAACCAACCCCUGGACUAAAGCAGCACAACCAGUCCCAAUCCAGGCCCCUAAAAAAGUGGAGGCUGUAGCAGCAGAAGUUAAAGUUGUAAAACCAGAUGUUGUUGAUAAAACCAAUAAAAAGACUUCAUUAAAUGAAGAAAGUUGGCCUGCAUUAAGUGAAGUCUCGGAGCAAACACAGAACACUGUUAAAAAAACUACAAAUGUGACAAAAACCACAGCAACCAAUGGAAACCAACAACAGAGUGACUCAGGGGGCGAUGACUCUGCUAAAGAAAAUAAAGAAAAUGGAAAUGGUGGAGAUGCUUCACAGAGAACGCCAAAAGGCUCCAAACGUGGUGCCAAAGGAUCUCGACAGCGGUGGGUGCCGUUAGAUAUAGAACCACCAAAGAGGAGUCGGUCACAAGGUCGUAAAUCACCUCCAGUUAAUAGACGUGAUAUGAGGCGAACUAGACCUAUUGAUCGUAAUUCAGGAUCAGAUAGUAAAGAUUGGCGUGCGGACAUGAUUGGUCCCCAGUCCGGAGAAGGUAGAGGAGGAUUUUAUCCCCGCGGCCGGAGGGGCCGUGGAGGUCGUGGACGAGGAAGGGGGAGAGGUAGAGGUGGAGUAGGAGGAGGAGGAGGAGAUACAGCUUCAGAUUAUGGAGGUGAUUAUAAAUUUGGAGCAGAUGAGCAGUUUUUCGUGGACCCUAAUUUUGUUCCUCCAUACAGUCAAACAGUUUAUUUUAACCCACCAGGUGCUGAAGAUAAUGUACUCAAAGAUUUCAUCAAAAAACAGAUUGAGUAUUACUUCAGUGAGGAGAAUUUAGAGCGAGAUUUUUUCUUACGGAGACGAAUGGAUAAAGAAGGAUGGUUACCUGUGUCGUUGAUCAGUAAUUUUCAUAGAGUUCAAAUCUUAUCACAAAACAAGGACUUUAUUCUUCAGGCUAUGAGAGAAAGUGAGAAAGUUGAACUUUAUGAUGAUGAAACCAGAAUACGAGGAACAGUUGACCCCAAGAAAUGGCCGAUAGAAGGCAUGACAGUGAUAGCAUCUAAUUUACAUGCUGAUGUUCCAGAAUUUGUACCUGGACAAGCCUAUCAGUUCCCGCAACCACAUGAAGAGGAGCGACAAGAAAGACAGGAAUGGUCGAAGGAUGAAGGUGGACAAGAGAAAGAAGAGUCAAAUUUUUAUCAAGAUAUAACACCGGUAUUAUCGUCUAGUGCUCCUGAAUUACAGGGUGAAUGGCAGCAAGUCAAACAGAAGAAGAAAAAGCCUGGUAAUAAAGAAAAAACAACUAAAAAGCCUGGUGAAGAUGAAGAACCUGAACAAGAAGAAUUAGAUUUCAUGUUUGAUGAAGAACUGGAUCAACUUGAAGUUGGAAGAAAAAAUAAUUUCACAGAUUGGUCUGAUGAUUCUGAAGAUGAGUUAGCUGAUAGUGAUAUUUCUAAAAUUCUUAUCGUGAUACAAACACCACCAUCUUUACGUAAACAUCCACAAGGUGAUCGAACCGGUGAUCAUACGUCACGCUCUAAAUUAUCGGCAACUUUCGGUAAAAUUAUUAACGACGGCUUGUAUUAUUAUGAACAAGAUUUAUGGGAGCCUUCUUAUAAGAAUGAGACAGAAUAUAGAAACGUAAAUCUGAUAUCAGAAGAAACAUUUAAAACCAUAACACCACAGAAAAGUACGAUACAGCAAGAAGUACCACCACCCCCUCCAUGUGUAACACAAGGUACAGAACCCCAAAAAGUUCCGUCUUCCCCAUCAGGUUCAAGUCAAGGUCAAGGAUUGGCACAGUCUCUUCCUUCUCGUGUACCAGAUACCCCUGGUCGUAGGGAGGGACCAAGAACUCCACGAAGUUCUAUAAAAGCUCCCCGUUUCUUCCCCGUGAUAAAAGAUUCUACGAGACCUGCUGACCCACAGACACCCCGUAAGAAGAAAACAAGACAUAGUAGUAAUCCACCAUAUGAAGGUCAUGUUGGAUGGGUCAUGGAUUCUAAAGAACAUAAAACUCGGUCUCGACACAAUUCUACAUCAAGUGAUGCACAGUUAUCUUCAAGUUAUGGCAGCACUCCGCAAUCAUUCCCUCAUUUUGAACAUCCGUCACAUCAGUUAUUAAAAGAAAAUGGCUUUGUGUGGCACGUCUACCAAAAAUAUCAUGCUAAAUGUCUCAAAGAUCGUAAGAAGUUAGGAGUUGGCAUGUCACAAGAGAUGAAUACGUUAUUCCGUUUCUGGUCUUUCUUUUUACGUCAGCGUUAUAAUAAAAAAAUAUUCCAAGAAUUUCGUGUUUUGGCAUGGGAAGAUUCUUCAGCUGGAUACAGGUAUGGAUUAGAGUGUUUAUUCCGUUUCUAUAGUUACGGUUUAGAACGACGAUUUAGACAAGAAGUGUUCAAGGAUUUUCAGGAAGACACGGUCAGGGAUUAUGAAACUGGUCAGUUAUAUGGUUUAGAAAAAUUCUGGGCAUUUUUAAAGUACUCUAGAAGACCAGUUGAUAUUGAUCCCAAGUUAAAAGAAUGGAUGUCUGGAUAUAAAAAACUAUCAGACUUUAGAGUAGAGAUGUCAGAAGCUGAGGUUGGAAAACCAGUCAAACCCAACCAAUCACAAGGCAAGGAUUCAAAUCAGGAUAGCCAAUCAAAAGGCUCAACAUCACAGUCCAAGUCAUCGACGAGCUAAUCGAAGGCCAUUUACUCGUAAAUUAUAGGACCAUUAUUUCUUUUAUUAUUUCGGCUAAAAACUUUUUUAAUGUCAUCACGUUUCCUUCCACAAUAUAAUUCAGACCAAACUAAUUUAAUUUUCAGUUCUUCAGGCUCUUGAUAAUUUAAUAACGCACUAAACUUGUGGGUGCGAUAUUUGAUAAAAUUUGGAACUACGAACAUUCAAGAAAAGCAACUAAGUACUUAUUGUUUUUAAAUUAGUUUCUUUUUUGAAGAAAAUGGAGGCAGAAUUCCUGAAGAACAGAAUUUUGAAUUGAUUUGGUGUAAGGGUUUAUUUUUAAACCUUUGGAUUUAACUUCAACUUGGACUGUAUUUUAAUGAUGUCUACACCUUCUACCUUCUUUCCAUAUUUAAAUCUUUUGAUAUCACUCCAUAUAAUCUUCAUAUUAAUUUUGUUUGUGUUCAUAAUUUGUGUGAAAUUUUGUUGAUAUGUGUUGUGACUUUUAUUUAAAAGAUGGCAUAAUAAUAGACACCCCAAAAAAGAAAAAAAAAAGAUUAAUUCUAAAGUUUCUGUUUCAUUCUUGCUUGCCGAUCGUAUCUACUCUGAAUAUUUAUUUUGGUUUAAGCUGAAAUGUAAUUACUGCUUUAUUAAUAUUGUCGGGGGUUACGGAAUGAAAUUCCUGAUUGAAUUCAUGUUGGGAAUGAUUAUCCAGUUGAAAAUAAUCUGAAAUAGAUUUAGUCUUAUAACAAUGGUCAUGGAGUAUCUUCAUGUUUUUUGACUUGAAACUUAGUCAUUAGGACAAUUUGCCAGAAAACUUUCAACAAGAGUGCAUGAAAAAAACAUUUCUAAAGAGUUUUGACAACACGAUAUGACAUAUUGCAAGUCUAAGCCAUGUUUUAUAAUACAUAUUAUCUUGUGAAACCAUUCUACUUACUUCCUGUGUAAUAGUCGCAUAGGUUGUAAAAUUACAUGGAAAACCAAGUCUACAGACAUCUAAUUUGUAUGAUGUGAUUUUCAAACAUGUAUGUGUGUAAUCAUCUGUUUGCAGUGAUUAACCUGACGUGUCACUAUGACUACAAUGAUUACAACACUCGUAGACUAACUGUCUAUGAUGUCACUAUUAUGGAAUCCCAUGUUAAACAACCAGAUAAAAUACUAGACAUUGUAAAAACAUUGUCUAGCUCUUUAAUUGUUGUUCAGUUCUAGAUGUUUAUUGGAAGAGCUAGUAUACUGGAUUAAUAAGAUUAGCAUUGUAAUAAUUUGAUCUUUUUGUAAAGAACCAAACCGUGAUGAUUAUUAUUUUAUUAAGACAUGGUUUAGUUUGCUGUUGAUAGUCUCAACUUUUUAAUGAUUUUUAAGAUGAAGAUAUUUUUCUGUGCUGUCUUGAAAUAUUUAAUCAAACAAGAAUACCUUAUAUGUUCAUUGAAAUAGUGCUUCUUCAUUUGUCUCAUGCUUAUUUUAACUAUGAAAUUCCUUGCAUUUUGAUUGGUGCAUCCAUUUUCUUUUGUUUUUUUGUUUGUUUUUAAGUGCUGGUUCAUUCAUUGUGAACAUAUUUUAGAUAUUCCCCCCCCCACCCCUGCCACCAGUCAAGUGUUUAAUUGGCUGUUCAUAUUAUAAAUCCACCAAUGAAAAGUGUUAAUAUAUUUUUGUGACUUCUGACUUUUAUUUUCUUUCUCUCUUCAUUUUAAGAUUUGUUUUUGGCAAGUUAAAAUAAAUCUUUAGAUUAUAUUAAUGGAAAUUUUAUUUUCUUAAACAUGUUAUGUAUUCUGUCUAUAAACUUCUGAAGUAGAGACGCUUAAAAUACGAAGGUUAUAUGCAAAACCAAUUAGAUCGCUAAAAAAGGUUUAUUUCCUGCAAUUUAAAAUAAAGGUAUGUUGCCGUACAUUUUAUUGUGAAGAUUUUGUAAAUAUUUUGUAUAUAGUAAUCUAUAGAGCAUGUAUGCUGAUAAUAAAUGAAAUGUAUAAAAUUUAUCUUCUUAUUAUGACAAGUCAUUAUCGUAUAUUAAUUAAAAUUAUUUUAAUAUUGAAUCCACAAAGUUUAAUUAAAAUUAAUUUGAAAUAAGAACUUCAACAAAAAAAUGAUACGAUUCAGAAUGCACCAUGAAUCAUGAUCUGAUUCGGAAUGCACCUUAAUGAUUUAAAAAUCGGGACAGAGAACACCUUGUUAUAAUCAAGGCUGAUGUGCAUGAAUAAUUGUAUUUACCAAUGUUUCGUAAGAUUUGGUUUGAACAAAAGUUUAUUUGGAGUACAACCUGAGUAUAUUAUAUAAUAUGUAAUGGAUUGAAAAACAAGCAGACGCUUAUAUAAAUUCAUCUCUAUUUUGUGGUGCUUUAAGUGGAAGGCCUGUUUUGUUGCGACAUGAGGGUUGUAAUGUGGAUACCUUCUAAUAUUUCUCUAUAUAAACCCUGGAUAUCAAUAAGAAUGUCGGUUUGUAAACCACGAUUGAGUUAUUAAACAUAUCAAACUGUUAUGUUAAACUUUGUGGCUUCAAUAUUCUGUAUAUAGAUCUUAGCCUCACAUUAAAGCUUUAUGUAUUAUCAUAGCUUCUAGUAAUGUUGUAAUUAGUGGAAACACCUAUACCCAGACUUAAAGAUGCAUUAUGUAAGGGCUAAUUCUGUCUAUUACAGGUUUUUAUUUGACUUCAAAUGUUAUAUAAAUUAUUUAGUCAUUUAUUCACAUGACAAGCCUAUAAUCAACUCAAGAUCAUUAGAUGGCACAGAUUUACGCGGAUUAAAAUACGAACACCAUUUAAUGAUUUAAUUUAAAAAUGAAGAAGCGAGGCCGAGUCUUGAUUAACAAGUAACGUUGCUACAAUAAUAAACAAUCUAUGUCAAAACUUCGAACAGUGUUACCAUCUCCCAGAAUAAAGUAAUUUGAAUGAAAAUUUCAAUAUAUUAAUUUUGGACUAUCUUUUUGGGAAAAAUUAUAGUAAGAACGGUGAGCUCUUUAUCUAAAUCUUACAUAAUGCCUUUUUAACUUGUUGGACAUUUAUGCUAUUGGGUUAGUCCUGAUUAUCACAACAAGGAUUAAUUGAAUAAGACAUUUGAUUAUAGAUCUCUUCAGCAAUAAUGCUGUUUUUUUUUUAUUGAGACAUGUCUUCAUUCAUUGUAAGAAAAUGUAGAACCAAUAUAAAUCUGCAUAAAGUACCAUGAAAAUUGUGAGACUUAAAGAUCUACCGUUUCUUCAACAACUACCGAUAUUAUAGAGGUGAUAUAUGACUUGUAUCUGUUGUAUAUAUAUAUUUCUGUAUGGAUAUUAUGCGUGUAUAUGAUUAUAUUACAUGAUUAUUAUAUUAUAUUAUAUAUACCUUGUUUAAUUAAGGUAAUUUAAAAACUGUUGAUUUCUAUUUGUCUUGUGCUCCCGUGUCACAACUCAUAUAUAAUUUACAAUUGUCAAGCUAUGGAUGUCUAUCAUUUAGAAAAACUAUAUUGGUUAUUAUUGCCAAAUUAAUUAUGUUUGAUGAGGGUAACUUUUAAUUGCAACUAAUACUGUUGAACUGGAUAAAAGGUUUAUUUUUUUUUAUUAAACAAAAAUAUUGCCACUGAAAAGAACAAGUAGAAUCUGUAUCAGUGCUUAAAAGAAAUCCUGCUUCUGUGCUGUGCUAGACAUAAGCAUACACUGCCUCAUGAACAACAAUUGUCAACACUAAUUAAAUUGAAUAUAACAGUUUGAGGGUAGAUAAUUUACCUGAGAAAUGUAUCAACAAUAACCGUUUGGUUUAAAAAUGACUCUACACGUCAUUACAAUUAUGUGUAUAUUAUAUAUGGUUUUGAAACGAGAGCCAGGUUAGAUUUUUUUGUCUUUAGUUAGGAAUGAAAUCACAAAUUCAAACAAGUAACACCAAGGCCGGUGUUCCUGUUAUGUUAGUUUAUUUUCUUUUAAAGGCCAAAUUUGGAUGAUGUUUUAAGUUUUCCUUGGCAUUUUAGAAAUUUCACAAGGGGGAUAACUCUUGUGUGAGAAAGAGACUAGUAGUCUUGUGAUUCAUAUAUCAGUGAUUUAAAAUUUUGCGCUUUUAAAAAACCCUGAAAAAAAAAUAAGAAAAAAGCCUCCUUAUUCAUAUCUUAUUUGAUGUUCCCUUUUAAUAUAUUUUAUUAAAUUAAGAUAAUGUAUAAAAGAAACAAAAAUGCUCUAAUCUGAAUCGAAAAAUACUUUUAAAUCAAAAUGACAAAUUCCUUGUACAUGUUGAUAAGUCAAAGAUCCGACAAUUUGAUUUUUUAAAAAUUAAAUCAAUGAAUUUCUUGUCAACUAAUGAAAAAUGAAUUGAAGUAAGUUGUAAUAAUCAUGCUAUUGCUUUACAAAUUGCUCAAAUAUAGUGUGGAUUAUUGAAUCGUUUCAAUCUACGGUUAACUCUUAAUAAAUUUACCAGUGAUAAUAAAUAUGUACGACUUAAAUUAUGAAAUUUGAAAUUAUUUGUAUUUUUUUUUUUUUUUCGUUUAAUAUUGUAAUGGGAAUGGGUAUGGGUAAGGUCUAUUUUAUUACAUACAAAAAAAAAGUUUAAAAUGUUUGUAAAAAAUUGUUCAGAAGAAGUAGACAACAACUCCCUGUAUUUGAAUUUAUAUUUAAUGUAGAUGAAAAUUCCUCAAUCUAUUAAUUGUUUGAUCUGGGGCAUGAAGAACACUAUUUGGUCUCACAUAAUUAUGUAGAUUCAGUUACAUGUGGUUUCUACUUGUUACUGAUGUAGGAUGGAGGGUCUGGCAAGGGACAAAGUUUUGUCAUGUGUGCACGUAAAAGAACCUCCAACAGUUGGAAAUUGAAAUAAGAGUAGGCCGUAGCACCGCUGUCCGGGCAAAACUUCCCUCAUAACACACUGCAUGGCAUAUGCCCAUCAUCAUUAGCCCAGUAGGAGCAGAACAGUGGGAUGUUAAACCCCAUUCUACACCUGAUAAACACAUGAAGUUACAAUUUUGUAUUCAUGGGCGAAAAUAUGUUGUAAUCUCUAUUGAACAGAUUUGCAUAUUCCAAAACAAACCUCCUUUACAUUAUCACAAGGUACAAUUUUAUGGAUUUAGGGUUUAAAUUGUUUUUUUAAACCAAACUACUUCUUCUGGACAGAAAAAAAAAGUUCUAUAAGAGAAUUAGAGUAAAAAUGUAAAAAAUAGGACUGACUUACAUUAUUACACAUGUAAAGAAAUGAAUUGUUAUGAUUUACUAUUAUUAUUAUUAUUAUUAUAUUAUUUGUGAUUGUGUUGAAUCUAGAUUUAGAUUUUAUUUAGUGGCACAAAAAUUAUAACAAAAAAAAUAGAAACAACAAAAAACCAAA